CAAAAAACACAUUCCAUUAUUAAUCUAACUUUUGUCUACUAUUAUUAUUGAAGCCUAGGUUAUUUGAUGAUUCUGAUAAAGAACAUUCUCCCAACCAAGUUCCAAUCUCUCUCUUUCUAUUUCUACCACCUCUUUCUCUCUCUUCCCACCUCCUUUUUUUUUUUUUUUUUGUAUUUUUGUUUUUCUUUCUAUCCCCUGCAUAUAAAAUCAUUAUCAUAAUGAAGUCUAUGCCAAACCAUUCUUGUUGUAGUACUUGUGUUACUUCUCCUUGGUUGCACCAUGUCUUGCUAUUUGUAUCAUCUUGUGUACCUUCUUAAGCUUUGAGCAAUUCCCUCUUACUUUUAUUUCACUCCAUGAUCAUCACUCACACAUCAAACACUACUACUAGCUCCUUGUAUAAGUGUCAUUCCUUCUAACUAAAUCUCUCUCUUUUGGGGUAUGGAAUUCAACAAGUUCAGAAUCAGAAGCUAUGAGGGGCAAUCUGAUAGGGCUCAAGUGGAAGAUCUUGAGAGAAGAUGCGAGGUAGGGCCAUCAGAAAGCGUGUUUCUCUUCACAGACACUAUGGGUGACCCCAUUUGUAGGAUCCGGAACAGUCCCAUGUACAUGAUGCUGGUGGCAGAGUUGGACAAUGAAUUGGUUGGUGUCAUUCAAGGGUCUAUAAAAGUGGUCACAGUUCAUGGUCACCCUCCAAAGGAUUUGGCAAAGGUGGGGUACGUCCUUGGCCUAAGGGUAUCACCUCAGCACAGGAGAAAAGGGAUUGGCUCAAGCCUUGUGAGAACACUAGAAGAAUGGUUCACUUCAAAAGAUGUGGACUAUGCAUACAUGGCAACAGAGAAAGACAACCAUGCCUCAGUGAGUCUCUUCAUGGACAAGUUUGGCUACACCAAGUUCAGGACUCCAGCUAUUCUUGUCAACCCUGUGAACCAUCAUUGCUUUCAAAUAUCACCCAACAUUGAGAUAGCAAGGUUGAAGAUUGACCAAGCUGAGUACCUCUAUAGAAGAUUCAUGGGGUCCACAGAGUUCUUCCCUAAUGACAUAGGGAAUAUACUUAGGAACAAGCUAAGUUUGGGGACAUGGGUGGCAUAUUUCAAAGGAGAUAUUGCUUGGGGUGAUUUUGGGUCAGAUGGACAAGUACCAAAUAGUUGGGCUAUGCUUAGUGUAUGGAAUAGUGGGGAGAUAUUCAAGUUAAGGCUAGGGAAAGCACCUUUUUCUUGCUUGGUAUGCACUAAGAGUUGGUGGUUGAUUCAUAAGAUCUUCCCAUGUUUGAAAUUGCCAACCAUACCUGAUUUCUUCAACCCAUUUGGGUUCUAUUUCAUGUAUGGGGUGCACCAUGAAGGGCCAUUUUCAGGGAAGCUAGUGAGGGCCUUGUGCCAAUUUGUGCACAACAUGGGUGCUGAGUCCAAGGAUGAGAGUAAUUGCAGGAUCAUUGUGACUGAAGUUGGAGGAAGAGAUGAGCUCAACCACCAUAUCCCACAUUGGAAAUUGCUCUCAUGCCCGGAGGACUUGUGGUGCAUAAAGGCGUUGAAAAAUGAAGGGACAAAUAACAAGUUCCAUGAAUUAACAACCAAAACCCCACCAACAAGAGCUCUUUUUGUAGACCCAAGAGAGGUUUAAAGCAUGCAUGAUCUCACAAAAAAAAAAAGAAAAAAAAAGUAAUGAAAGGGGACAAGAUAAAAGCUUGGAAAAUAUCUUCACCUUAAUUUUUUUUUUUUUCCUUUCCUUAGCUUUGUCUCAGAGAACCAAAGCCCACCUCAUGUAUUGUGUGAUAAGUCCAUCCAUCUCUCCUGGUGGGGGUUUUUCUCUAGUUCCUUUCACAUCGGUGACACAAAAUCUCAAAAGAUAUCCAUAAUUUAGGUGCCACACUUUGGUGUUCUUCUUUGCAAUUCCCCAUCCUGUGCCUCAUGACUCUGACUACUCAAUCACCAUGGUGGUCCAAACUUUGUCCCUUCCCCUCUAGUAAAUUUUUUAGCUGGACCCUCCUCCCUCGCUUUGUCGCAUCGCAUCGGGAUAUGGUCUCUUUAACAUGUAUGUAUGUUAAUGUUAAUGUUAAUGUCAUCACUAAAAAAAAAAACAGAGGCUUCGAGCCAUUUUAUAUAUAGUGUGAGAUCAUGAAAGUAACCCUUAGUUAUUAUUCUCUAUUCUAUGAUCUAUUCAAGCCAAGAGUUAGACAACUUCUGUUCCAAGAUAAAGGGGGAAAAGAUAGAGAAAAAAAAAAUGCGAGUCUCAAGGGGUUUUGGUUUCUUCUUCAUUUUGUGAUCGAGCAUUGUAUUGUCUCUAACCCCAUGAGGAAUGUUGAUGAUGGUGUAAAGUUUCCUUGGCUCGUGUGGGAAUAAAAAAAAAACUCAAAAGAGACUUUGCUUCUUCGGUUUUCUAGCUUUCACUUUUUACCAUUAUGGCAAAUGUUAGUUAAGUAGCUAGCUAGGGACCUUGCUCUCGGUUAGAACCAUAUAAAGAGCGAGUUGGACUAAUAAAGUUAGUGGAUUUGUAUUUAGAAAGAUUCUGCAACUCUUCCUUCUACUUCUAUUCAGCACGACCAUAGAAUAGCAAUGAUGAAGCUUCUAAUAAAUGAUUGUGACAUUAAUGGACAAAUUACUUAUAA